GAAAUCUAUCCUCCUGUGUGGACACUGUGUCUAUCACACGCUGCUAUCUGCGCUGCAGGCUCCUCCCCGCUCUGUACCCUGCAGCCGCGCACACAAACGGGACAGGACACUGCGAAAUCUCACCGAAACUCACCAACAGAGAAGUUGCUGUUGCAUUUGGUGGUCUAGAAUUGCAUCCAGUAAGCAGUGGCUUUAGAUAAGCCAUGACAGAGUCUGCAGGCCGCUGUCCCUCCACCUCCUCUGUCUCUUCCAUCUCUCUGGUGGAGAUCAAGGCCGAGACUCAUCUAGUCCUCCAAGCAUUCCUCCAUCGGACCCUUUCUGUCCCCUUGAAAGAGAGGCCUGGCGGAGUAGGAGGCGCCUACAGAGAUCACAAUAAGUUCAGCGCCAAGCCACAACCAAAGGCAAAGGAUGUGCAGGAUUCUCAGGUGGAAGAUGUCAGUUCAGCCGAUGAGAAGAAGACCAGCUUGAAGGGCUUCAUAAAGCAGCUGCCUCGUCGUAACACCUCACGCCGCGCUGCCAAAGACCCCAAAGGCUCACUGGACAGGGACAGCAGGGCAAAAACGUCACAUCUCAGAGACCGAACAGAAGAUGAUGUCAUGUCCUCUUCAUCAGACGAAGAGGACAGUGACAAGAGACAGCAGAAGAAGCUGAAACAAAAGAGGAUUUAUAAAAAGAUCUCCAAGUUCUUCAAGUUAAAGUUAGAGAAAGAGAAGGACAAAGAGGAGCAUGGAGCUCAUCCUCAGAGGCCUCACACGUUGUCAAUCAACAAGGAACCAGAGCCUUUGCCGACCGUCAUCUCGCCCAACCACCCUCCUGAGUUCUAUAAUGAAGUAGCAGAGAAGCUGGAAAAAAUUGCCAAGAAGUCCACCAGUAUGAAGAAACUGGCUCCCACAGUCCAGCAUUCAGCAGCAGUGAGUGAGAAAGAGACAGUGGUUCGGGAGCUUGUUCAGGUGCUCUCUUUGGAGGGAGAUUCCAUCAACAGUAAGAUCGAAGCGAACCCCUUCCUGCGCUCCAGCUUGGAUCGUCUUUCCUAUGCAUCCUUUGCCAAGCUUCUAGAGACUUUCAGCAGCAGUCAAGUAUCUGAGACCCCAGCCGAGCCGCCAACAGCUAGUCAAACACUGCGCCACAUAGCUGUCACUAUGGAGGUAUCACGGCGGAUAGUGACCGCCACAGGAGCCCAGCGCAUGCAAGGCUACGCGGAGUGCUAUAUGGAGACCUUUGUCCCCUGGGUCAAAAGCCAUGGAGGAUGGGAGAAUGUGGUACACAUGGACGACUCUGUAGAGUACGACUGAGUUCUAGGAGCUCCCACGUGUCUUGGUUUAUUCCCACUAUCCACUGGUCAACUCUGAGCUCUGGAUCGUGACAGCAAAGUGAGGAGAGACGGAUGGUCCUUACUCUGCUUUUCCACGGAGUCUCAUCUGGACUGUGAAAUGACUCCAGAAGCCCCUUUGAUUUAUGUUGAUCUGGGAUCUGGACAUCAGAAAGUACUUUGACUGUUUUUACAUGGUCAGAAGAAGAAGCUAUUUGUUGCUCAUGAUGAGUGUGGAUUAUUUUAUGAAGACCUGAGAGGCUAGAUGUUAGAAGAAAGCAGUAAAUGUUAUUUUCUGAUUGUUUGACGGCAGUUACAUUCUAAAGCUGCAGAUACAGACACUGCCACAUACUGUUAGUGUGCCAUAAGGGAUGAUUGAGGCGAAUUCCUUUUGAAUGAGUCAUGAAUGAGUGUACAUUGUUAUAAUAUCACAGAGUACGGACUAAUCUAUAUGAAAAGUGCAAUGAGAUAACCUUUUUUUUUUUACAUUUAAAUGUUAUUUUAAUUUACUUGCUUAAGUUUGACAUAUCAGAGAAAGAAAAGAAGCAUCACAUCGUCAAUGCAAUAACUAUUUAUUUACAGCAAAAUCUCUGUGAGGGAAACGAGAGUAACAGGAGGAACAGAAACCAGAAUGCUGCACAAACCUGCACUAAUAACCUCUGCCAGACUGUCCAGUUUCAGUAUGGAGUGCUCUAUUGAAAAACCCUCAACCUAAAACCUCUGUAGCCUAAGGGAGCCUGAUCAUGGUUCAGGUUGUAAAGCCAUUUUACAAGGUAUUAAGCUGUACAGAAUAUACUCGUGACUUGAGUGUUUAUUAAGUUAUUUAUUACAAGGCAUUUUACAUACCAUUGCUAUGAGACAUUAAGCUCUGCACUGCACGUUUUUAAUAGUUGCAUUACCUUAGUUCAAAGAAGCGCACUAACAUACAAGCAAGAGACCGACAUCAUCCACCAUCCCACACCCAGUCUCUCAGACAAGAAGAGCCAUCACACGGCGAGCACUCAAUCAUCCCUUCACAUUGCUGCCGUCUGGUCAGAGAUACAGGUCUGUGAAAUGGAGGAGCGCUCGCUUCAGGAGGAGUGCACACAUGUAUAUUAUAUAUCAAUAUGAUUCUGUGUUGGACUGGCCUUGAAAAGAAAUCUUCCUCUGGGACAAUAAAUUUAAAUAUAAUCUAAAGAACGUC